UAUAGCUGUCUUUUUGAAUGAAUGAAUUAUUCAAGCCCACUCUGCGCCUCUUCCCUCUCUCUAUAUCGCUUCACGCAGCCAUCAUAAACUCACCACUUCUUACACUCACAACUUGAAAAUCCCUAGAAACUAGAAAGCAAAAACCCUCACACUCUCCAUAACGCAAAGCUGCUGCAUUUUCCUCACUUAUAUUUAGAUCUCAACUUGAAAAAGAAAAGGAAAAGGAAAAUCAAAAUCCCACCAAGUACAAAAGAGAAAAAUAGAAAAGAAAUUAACUUUUGUAUAUCAAUGCGGCAUAUGAUAUGAAGAAGGAAAAUCAAAACGUUUCCGUUGUAGCUGUUCUCACUGCAUUGUUGUUUGCAGGCACAUUGUCAUCAGUGUGUGCCUCCCACUCCAAGCAAACAAGCUUCAGUGGCGAACUCAGCCAUGUGGAAACCAUGUAUAUCAAGCAGCGGCAGUUGCUCUACUACAGGGACGAGUUCGGUGACAGAGGAGAGAAUGUCACCGUAGACCCUUCCCUGGUGUUUGAGAACCAGCGCAUCAGAAACGCUUACAUUGCAUUGCAAGCAUGGAAGCAAGCCAUUGUUUCCGAUCCUCUCAACUUCACAGCAAACUGGGUAGGAUCUGAUGUGUGCAGCUACACUGGGGUCUACUGUGCACCCGCACUGGACAACCCUAAGAUCCGCACCGUUGCUGGCAUUGAUCUGAACCAUGCGGAUAUUGCUGGCUACUUACCGGAAGAGCUUGGUCUCUUGGUGGAUCUUGCCCUCUUCCACAUUAACUCAAACAGGUUCUGUGGCACAUUACCGCACCGCUUCGAUAAGCUCAAGCUCUUGUUCGAAUUGGAUCUCAGUAACAACCGCUUCGCCGGCAAGUUCCCUGCUGUGGUACUGAGACUCCCAACCCUCAAGUUCUUGGAUCUGAGGUUCAACGAGUUCGAAGGUGGGGUCCCCAGAGAGCUCUUUGACAAAGAUCUUGACGCCAUUUUCAUCAAUCACAACAGGUUCGUCUUUGAAAUUCCUGAUAACUUAGGAAACUCGCCGGUUUCCGUUAUUGUGUUGGCCAACAACAGGUUCCAUGGUUGCAUCCCUGCAAGCAUCGGGAACAUGUCGAACCUCAACGAGAUCAUUCUCAUGAACAAUGAGCUCAGAGCGUGCUUGCCUUCCGAGAUUGGCUUGUUGAAGAACCUCACAGUCUUUGAUAUCAGCUUCAACCAGCUCUUGGGACCAUUGCCGGACGCCAUUGGAGGAGCUGUGAGCUUGGAGCAGUUAGACGUAGCGCACAACUUGCUCUCUGGGAACAUUCCGGCCAGUAUUUGCAUGCUGCCAAAUCUUCAGAACUUCACUUAUUCUUAUAACUUCUUCACAGGGGAGCCGCCGGCGUGCCUGAGGCUGGCAUCGUUUGAUGACCGGACGAACUGCUUGCCGGGAAGGCCGUUGCAGAGAUCCGCGGCCCAAUGUAGGUCGUUCUUGUCUAAACCUGUGGACUGUAACUCGUUUGGAUGCAAGCCAUUUGUUCCUUCCCCUUCACAUCCUUCGCCUCCUUCACCUGCUUCGCCUCCUUCACCUUCUUCACCUUCUUCACCUUCACCCUCACCCUCUUCACCGCCUUCUAUUCCUUCACCUUCUCUGCCUUCUCCCUCUUCGCCACCGUCUCCCCCUUCGCCUUCUUCCCCCAAUGCACCAGGACAAGGUCCUCCUCCAUCAACUCCUACUCCAAUACCUUCUCCACCUAGAAGCGAACCUUCCCCAAUUUAUAGACCACCCUCUCCUCCCUCCUCACCACCCCCGCCAUCACCAAUCUAUAUACCACCUUCUCCCACGCAGCCAGCACCUCCAUCUGAGCCUUCACCUACCCCAACCCCAACGCCACCAUACUGUGUCCGGUCGCCACCGCCUCCGCCUCCGCCGCCAAAUUCUCCAUCAAUACCGGCUCCUGAAUUAUCCCCGCCCCCACCUUCGCCUUAUCAUUAUACCUCGCCGCCACCUCCCACUCACUCACCUCCGCCACCCACAUAUAACCAAUCACCGCCACCUCCACCACCCUGCAUAGAACCUCCUCCACCGCCACCACCUUCUCCCACACCUUAUCUCCCACCACCAUCCCCAUCACCUCCACCUCCACCGGUUCAACAUAAUUCCCCGCGACCACAUCAUCCACCGGUCCACUAUAGUUCACCACCACCGCCACCGGCACAAUAUAGUUCACCACCACCGCCACCGGCACAAUAUAGUUCUCCACCACCCCCUGUCCAUUACAGUUCACCACCACCACCAACCCCUGUUCAUUAUAGUUCUCCGCCGCCACCAGCAUCAUCACCACCCUGCGAAGAAACUCCACCAUCCCCGACCCCUUCCCCACCACCAUCCCCUGUAUAUGAAGGGCCAUUGCCACCUGUCGUCGGAGUCCCAUACUCAUCGCCUCCACCACCACCUUUCUAUUAAUUCUUUUGAGAUGUUCUCUCCUCUAACCUUUCAAUCUCUCUCCAACACAAUUCACACUUGUUUUUGCGGCCAAUUCUUCUACUACACACGGCCCCUUCUUGUGCCUCCUCAAUCAAUCAUGAUCAUGGUGGCGACUCUCGUCGCUUGUGGAGCAAAAUUAAACAUGCUAGAUUAUGACCACUUUGUGCAAUGCAACAUUUGUUCUUAUUUGGAUUUGUAUCAUUAUGUGCUCAAAAGACAUGAAAGUGAGAAGAGGUAGCCGUGUGUUUGCGGGUAAGAGGAGAAAGCUUCUCCAUAUUUUGAUUUGAAUUAUUAUGAAUAUUCCCAGUUGUGAAAUAAAAAAAAUGCCAGAAAAAAAAAAAGAAUAGGUUGCAGAGAAAAUUGUAUGUAUAGCAAUCAAUCGGGGACCAUAAGUUUCAUGGCUGCAAAAACCAUUGUAGCGUUAGCACUUCCUGCUACUUCCAUUUCUACUUCCUGGAGUUUAUUGUUAUUAUUAUCUCUCUUAUAUCAUAAUUAAUAUUCUUAUCAUUUUUUUAAA